AUUAAACGACAUCGAUGAAAAGUUUCUAAAAAAGUAUUUUUAUAGUACUAUGCAAUCACUGGGUGCAAAUAAAGCAGAUAAACAUAAAUAUGAAUUUCCUAAAGAAGAAUUUAUUAAGAAUGAAAGUAUUAAUGAAAAUGAAAGGCAAUAUUUAUUAAACAUGUUAUUAAAAGAUUAUUUUUAUGAUACUAUACAAUCAAUGAAUACAAGCAUUUACGGAUCGAAUCAACAAAGAUACGCAUUCCUUAAAACAGGAUUCAUUAAUUAUAAAAACCUUAACGAUAAUGAAAGACAAUGUUUAUUACAAAUGCUAUUAAGAUUCUAUUUUUAUGAUACUGCAUGGUCAAUGUCUUCAAGCAUAUACAGAACAAAUCAGCAAAAAUAUGAAUUUUUCAAAACACAAUUUUUUAAUAACGAUAAACUUGAAGAACAUGAAAGACAAUAUUUAUUCAAUAUGCUUCAAAAAAGAUUUGAUAAUCUAAGUGUCAUCUACAAAGAUGGUGAAAAGCGUCAAUGCAAGGAUUGCAAGAGUGAGACUCGCGCUAUGCUAUAUUGUGAAUUCUGCAUUAGAAAUUACCUAAAACUACAACAAAAUUAUGUAGAAUGGACUAACAACGAUAAAAUUGACGAUGAGAUUAAAAAGGCCCAAGAACGUGCAAUAGGGCCAAAUUUAAUAAUUGAAUACAUUCCUAACGAAAAGCUUAAAGUAAAUCCAAAUUAUAUAGCGAAAGGUAGUUAUGCUGAAAUAUAUAAGGCAGUUUGGACGGAUGGCCCUUUUGAUACAUGGAAUGGUAAUGAAAAGGUUUUAGAAAGAAUUAGCAACCAUAAUGUUAUUCUCAAAAAGCUAAAAAAAUCAAACAAAUCGACCAGUAAUUGGCUUAAUGAGAUUAUAUCACAUUUUACUAUCGAUAAAAUUGCAACUAACGUUGUUAGAUGUUUUGGAUUGACUAAAGAUAAAGAUUCUGGAGAAUUUUCAUUGGUUUUGGAUGUUAUGGAUUUUAAUUUGCAGGAAUUUUUAAUAAAAAACAAUUCAACCAUUGGAUGGAAAGAACGUUACCAAAUUGCUUAUAAAAUAUCUCAUUGCUUAUCUGCAAUACAUAAUACGAAAUCGGUUCACAGAGAUUUGCAUCCUGGAAAUAUUUUAUUUUAUGAACAUCUUAUAAGAAUAAGUGAUUUGGGUUUUUGUGAAAUUGCAUAUGGAACUCCACUUGAAUAUGCGGAAUUGAUGAAACAAUGUUGGGAUGCUGUACAGAAAAACGACCAGAAUCCAGCACAGUUUUUAGAAAAUUAUCCAGAAAAUUUUAUUAAAGCACAAAUCCAUUUUCCAGAAUCUGGUGAAGGCCCAGGAAAUUUUAUAAGAGCAGAAGCUCAAAUUCCAGAAGUUUUGUCAUCUGGAGAAGGUCCAGGAAAUUUUAUAAAAGCCGAAAUUCAAAUUCCAGAAGUUUUGUCAUCUGGAGAAGGUCCAGGAAAUUUUAUAAGAGCCGAAAUUCAAAUUCCAGAAGUUUUGUCAUCUGGAGAAGGCCAAGGAAAUUUUCUAAAAUCUAGGAUUUACUCUUUUCAGAACCUUACAGAGCCGAGUAAUUUUAUAAAAGAACACGAAUUCGGUAAUAUCGAAAAGUUACUCGAUACUGAUUCGAAUGAUUUUGGGUUCGAAAAGGUGAAUAAUAUAAUGGAUUCUUCUGAAUCUUUAAGAUGUCAUGAUACAGACGAAUACAUUGCUAUCAGCAAAGAAUAUCAGGAGAAAGAUUCAAGCAAACAAUGCGUUAUCGAAAACUUCAGCAGUACUCAAGCAGAUAAGGCUCGAAAUAUGACCAGGAUUGCGGAUUUAUUGUUUUUAGUUUUUUCCAAAUUACAUAAUGAAGGCUUUAGCGAAAUGGAUGUUAACAAAAAUAUUGAAAAAUAUAUUACAAUAAAUCGUCAAACACCGAUAAAUACUUUUGUUUGGUUAUUAAAUAGCAAAACAAAUUCAAAGCAUAUAUGCCUACUCGGAAGAUUUUUUCAUGGCGGAAUUGGAACAAGUAUAAAUAGAGAAAUUGCAUUUCGAACAUUCCUUAAUUAA